GAACAGAAUCUCUUCAUCGAUUGAUAGAGGCUGUGUUCCCAAAUUAGGUAGACUCUCUGGGUCACUGGCACAGGAACCAGCUCCUCGCCGUGGGACCAAAAAGACAGACCUUGUGGAGAAACCUCAGUAAAGCAUUUCUAGGAUAUUCUGGAUCAACUAUAGCCUUUUCACCUACGGUUCAGUCUCCUGAGGCUGUCCGAAGCACUAAAAGAAUUGUCCUCUGCUCCAUAGAAGACAGUGCUGAUCCAGAAGGCUGCUGAAGACCCAUAAUUGGGUCAUCCUUCGGUAUUUUGAGGACAUCCCAAGUCACCAUACGAGGAGCCAUAGAUCAGUAAGCCAGCCGCUAAUGAGAACAGGCGUCUGACAUCCCUGCUUUGUCCAUGGCCUCCUAGACCUGCAUUGUCCCUAAAUUGUUUCAGGUAAACACACUACCCGAUCCCAAAACAAAAGCAUGGAAAAUUUGGAGGGGGGAAGAAACAUGGAAAAGGACACUUUAACUCAUGUGGAGGCUGCGGCGACCCAGGCAAGCGACACGGACUCGGGCACAGCAGCAGGACCGGCAACAGCUCCACCUGAUGUUCAAACUCCACUUGAGGGCGCAAGUAGUGGGGUGAAUGUGGGGCAGGAAAGCCCGGGGCCAGGAGAGAAUGAGGAGAUGGAAAAUAUGUCUGUUCUUAUUUCGAAUCUGAGUGCCGAGGCCGAUGGCCAACGCCCAGAGGCGAGUCCGGUUGAUGCUACAGUGCAGAGGCCUAACACCUUGGGAAAUGCAGGGAGGAAAGGCAGCCGGAAAGGGAGGAAUAGAAAGCAAACUAAGAUUGUGUAUCUCCCCUGGCCUCUGACGCUCCAGACUCGGGCAUCUUCGGCAGCCCCGGUUCUGCGCCGGUCUCAUGUCCUGGGGGCUUUGGCAUCUGCUGUUCCCAGAGACAGCGAGGUAGGUGAAGACAGGGAGCAAGGGGAGGAUGAGGGGAGUGAGAACACAUCGACUCUCGCUGAGCCUCAGGAGGAAUUUGCUGAUGCCAUAUGGCCAGCAGCAAGUGCAGUCCAGCCCUCUCUUGUGGCACCUCUGGCGGCAGACGAGGGGUUAAACCCAAGGCAGAAAAAUAACCGGAAAGGGAGAAAUAAAAAGAACAAGAAGAUCAUGGCUAGCCCUUGGCCCCUGACAGUACACGCUUGGGCAUCGUACACAAACCUAGCUCAGGCAUAUUCAGCUUUGGCAAGGGAUGAAUCACUCGCUGAAAAGGGAGUUGAUGGGGGUCAUCCAAGCCAGGGUCCGGAAGGUGAGGCACGUAAAGUGCCAGCUAAGACUCCUUACCAGAGUACACUGGAGGAGGCCCCAGACUCAGCUGAGGAUCUGCAGCAGGGCUCGUGGGAGAAGAGGGAGUCCCUCUCUGCGGACAGCAUGGGAAAUAGAAGGACGAGCAGACGUGCAGACAGCAAGAGAAAGGAGAAGGGUGUCUUGGCUUGUCCUUGGCCUCUGACAGUACAAGCCUGGGCCUCGUUCAGAGCAGCAGAUGAGGUUCAGACUCAUCUCCAGGGCCGGUCUUCUGCUGCAAGUAGGCGGAUGGAUGUGGGGCAGAAAAAGCAGAUUCAGCCGGAGACUGGUGAGGAGGAAAUAAAGUCCACUCCUCCCGUGAGCAAGGCAGAGCAAGCUCUGGAACCCAGGCAGGGUUGGAGAAGCACUGAGAGAUGCCAGGGGGAUCAGGACUUCUGGGAAUGCACAGUGAGGAAUUUCGCUAGGCCAACUGACCGUUGCUAUUGUGGGGAGCGCUGCUCAAAAGAGCAGAGGGAGGCUUUGACCUUGACCAAAGCCCACACCCACAUCAGUACUUCAGUGAUGGGAAUGCGGGGACCAGAGAGGGAGAGGGCUGAAACUCAGGCAGUCUGGAUGAGCAAAUGGGGAGGUUUUUGAGAUGCAGAGGAAAAAAGAAAGGGACCUAAGGGACCUAAAGAGCACUUUGGGUCCUGGAAGGACCACCGUCUACAUCUGUUGGGAGAAAGCUGUUUAAAAUGCUAUAUCAAGGCUCACUACCCAGCUGGUAAAUUUUUCCAUGGCAUGGUAGCAUCGCAAUUAUUCUCUGGAUGCGUGAUUUCUCUCUGAAAUAAGUUUUAGGUUGCUAGAGAACUGGCAUAACUUCAGGGAAGCAGAAAUGUUUUUUCUCUAUCUUCUUUCCUGUAACAUUCUCAACAUUGCUGGGAGAGGUGUUUCCUAUGGCUGAUAAGCGGUGUUAGAGUUUAGAGGGUAAGCCAGUGACAGAAUGUGUAUUGGAUCCUGAGGAUACUUCUCUUGACUAGAAGGUAGUAUUGAAUAUUGCAUAUUAGAUUGUAAACUGACUUGAUGAUUGCAUUUAGUUCUAAGACCGGCCAUUUUACCAUUGCUAAGAGCACAGGCUAAGAGGGCAGAUCCCAAAGCCUGGGAUCAAGGCCCAGCUUUGCCACUGGUUACCCGUGUUCCUCUCAGCAAGUCACUCUUUCCUUCUGGGCCCCAGUCUAUCCCUUGGGAUAAUAAUAGCAGGGGCUUUGUAGAUUGAAUGAUUAAAUGAUUUAAGACAUGCGAAGCACUUAGACUAGUACAUGGCAUAUGAUAAGCCCUCAGACACUAAUCACCUAGGAUUGAUUUAACUUUCAGUACUAAAUGUCAUGCAAGGGUCUGGCACUGUGGUAUUAUGUAUUUUGAAAGUUAUACGAAUGUCAGUGAGUGUGGGAGGCAGAAGACGAUGCCUCCAUUUGCAAUGAUGGUAACAGAGCCUUAAAGCCAUGGGGCCAAACGCUCCUUAAGAGGGAAAAGCAGACAAGAAAAUGGCAGCUACCAUUCUGAGGUGGCAACCGCGGCAGGACAGCGUGCAACAAGACAGGCCAGCUGAGAACACGCUCCUGCUUUAAGAGUCGUCACCGCGGGAUGGUGGGAGCCUGCACGGGCGAUGCUUUCCGGCCUCCUAAUUCUUUUCUGUAACAUCCAACUGCCUACAUCGCCAUGUCGUCAGCAAAUAGUCCAA